CAACAGGAUAUCCGUUUCUCCACUUUGGAGAAAUCUUCGGAAAGUAUGCAAUAUACAUAUGUUGGGUAGUCAGCCACUUGAUGCCACUCAGUACCUGCGGCACAAGAAAAUUGAACAACUCCUUGCUACGGUUCAAGAAAACAGCCGUCUUGGUGAGGUUGUAGAUAUAGGUCAAGUAGCUUUCAAUGCCACACUCAAUUCUAUAUCAAAUACAAUUUUCUCUGUGGAUUUCGCCGACUCAAAUUCACAAAGGGCGCGAGAGUUCAAGAAAACUGUAUGGACACUCAUGGAAGCGUUAGGAAAACCAAACUUGGCUGAUUAUUUUUCAUUGCUUAGAAGGGUUGAUCCACAUGGUGUUAGGCACACCAUAUCCAUUCAUGCUGAUAAGUUGGUUGAGAUUUUCGAAGGUAUGUAUGACGAACGGUUGCAGCUAAGGAAAGGGCAAGCUUCUCCAACAAAUGAUGAUUUCUUGGACACUCUAAUUGACAUUGUUGAAAACAAAACAGAGGAGCUUAACGGAAUACAUGUCAUGCAUUUGUUUUUGGAUUUAUUUGUGGCUGGAACUGAUACCACCACAAGCACAUUAGAGUGGGGAAUGACAGAAUUACUCUGCAACCCAACGAUUUUACAGAAAGCCAGGGCAGAGUUAGAGGAAGUGAUCGGAAAGGCAAGGCAGGUUCAGGAAUCGGACAUUGCUUGCUUGCCAUACUUGCAAGCUAUCAUUAAAGAAACCCUCCGGAUGCACCCAGCUACUCCUCUGUUGCUCCCUCGCAGAGCUGGAGCUGAUAUAGAAAUCUGUGGCUUUACAGUGCCAGAGGGCACACAGGUGGUGGUCAAUGCAUGGGCUAUCGGUAGGGAUCCUAGCAUUUGGGAGAUGCCAAGCUCUUUUAUUCCAGAUAGAUUCUUGGGGUCGGAAAUUGAUGUCAAAGGCAGGCACUUUGAGCUGAUUCCGUUUGGUGGAGGGCGGCGGAUAUGUCCCGGACUGAAUCUGUCACUGAGAAUGUUGCAUAUAAUGUUGGGUCCUCUCAUAAACUGCUUUGAUUGGAAGCUUGAAGAUGGAGUCACACCAGAGAGCAUGAAUAUGGAGGAAAAGUUCGGGAUCACGUUACAGAAAGCUGAUCCCUUGCGUGCUAUCCCAAUCCCUCUGUGAUAUAAUCAUGAUAUUUCUUGGGGAAGACUGCUAUUAAUUUCAAAACUAUAACUGUGCCUUGUGUUAUAAUCUUUAUAUGCCUGUCCUGUAAUAAUCAAAAGUUUUAACUUUUCUUCUUCUUUGUUUGAUGUUGCUUGUCUGUAUUUAUUUUAUGCUGUCAAGGAUCUAAUUUUGAUGUUACUCAGUAAUAAAAUUCAUUUAUUUGC